AUGGCGGCAACCAACGGCUCCAACGGUCACGCUACACGUAGACCUCUCAGAGAUGGAAUUUACGCUCCAACUAUGACAUUUUUUGUCCCUGAGACUGAAGAACUCGACAUUCCCACCAUCAAGAAACAUGCCGUUCGUCUCGCCGAAGCCGGUCUCGUGGGUCUCGUAACCAUGGGAUCCAACGGUGAGGCUGUCCAUCUCUCCCGCGCCGAAAAACAAGCCGUCACACGUGCAACUCGUGAAGCUCUAGAUGCCGCGGGCUUUGAUCAAGUUCCCAUCAUUGUCGGAGCUACCGAAGGAUCCGUUCGCGGUACCAUCGAGCUCAUCAAAGAAUCAGAAGCAGCGGGUGGAGAAUACGUUCUGUUACUACCCCCUUCUUAUUUCCGUGGUCUCAUGGAUGAAGAUUCUGUCUACAACUAUUUCAUUCAAGUAGCUGAUGCAUCACCUUUACCUAUCAUCCUAUACAAUUACCCAGGCGCCGUUGCCGGUAUUGAUAUGGAUUCGGAUCUUUUGAUCCGUCUGGCCAAACACCGCAACAUUAUCGGUACCAAAUUCACCUGUGGUAGCACAGGAAAACUUACCAGAGUUGCCUUGGCUACCAAUGCCAAGACUGUCUUCUCGGAAGGUUCUGGCUACAUGGCUUUCGGUGGUAUUUGUGAUUUCACUGCUCAAACCUUGGUUUCCGGUGGUUCGGGUAUCAUUGCCGGUGGUGCAAAUGUUAUGCCAAGGGAGGGAAAGAGGGAUGAGGCUUUUGAGUUGCAAAAGAUUUUGAGUAAGGGUGAUUGGGUCCUUACUAAGGCCGCCAUUGCUGGCACCAAGAGUGCCAUUCAAAGCUACUAUGGAUAUGGUGGAUACCCAAGAUCACCUUUGAAGAAAUUGGAUGAGGUUAAGACUAGUGCUAUUAAGGAUGGAAUUGAUGAGGUUAUGAAGGUCGAGUUCAGCUUGUAA